AUGGUAGUAGCCACCGUCAACCUCGGUGGCAGCCUUGCUCACAACCGUGCAGUCCGGACUAAACCGAAACUGAAGCAAUUCAACCGACGAAAAGUGCAGUUCGAAGCAGCACGGUGUGCGGUGACUUAUCGGUUCCUCCUCAACCUCGACACACGGCUGGGCGAGCGAACAACCACCGCCGCGGAAUUGGCGACCGACUUUACCAAUGCUCUCCUCGACGCAGCGCGUACGACCCUGGGGGAGGAACCGCGGAGACGCCGCACGCAGGAGUGGUGUGAGACCCCAGAGACGCGAGCAGCACUGGAACAGGCCCUUACCAAACGGCGAGAAGCGCACCGGGCGAUGAGGGGAAACCGGAGCUCAGCAACGUGGAGGGUUCUUAAAGCAGCGUGUAAGGGAGUGGCUACAGCAGUCGAACCGGGCAUUUAUGCUCACCUGGAUGGAUAUGUGACUGAGCUCGAAGAAAUCUACAAAGAUCGCGACAUUCAAGGACUGUACCAACACCUCAAGAGAUCAGUGGGCCUCAACGGGAGACAAGCGGAGGGACAGCAGUUCGUCGCGGAUGAGAACGGCGUGUUGCUCCGGAACAGGGACGACAUCCUCCAGCGGUGGGCGAGAUUCUUCAGCACCCUACUCAACACCAAAUCCCCCACCCUGAACCCAGACAUUAUCGAACGAGUGACGCAGCGGCCAGCGACACGCCUCAAGAACUGGAAGGCACCCGGCCAUGACUCCCUCCCUGCCGAGUUGCUCAAGAUCGAUGACGACGAACCCUUCGUCCUGGCACACCUCCAUACCAUCCUCGUCAAGGUGUGGAACGGAGGAGACAUUUCGCGAGAGUGGAAGGAUGCAACCGUCAAGGUGCUGUACAAGAAGGGUGACCGGUCCAACUGUAACAACUACAGGGGGAUUUCGCUUCUAUCUCACGUAGGCAAGGUCCCCAUCAAGAUCAUCACCAACCGUCUAAGCGCCUUCUGCGAAGCCAACAACAUCCUCCCGGAGGAACAGUGCGGAUUUCGACCCGGGCGAUCCACCGUCGACAUGCUGUUCGUCGUGCGCCGCCUCCAGGAGCUGGGGCGGAGAAAGAAAAUACCGCUCUACAUGUGCUUCGUCGACUUGAACAAGGCGUAUGAUUCGGUGGACCGAGAGAUGCAAUGGAAGGUGCUGGCCAGGGCCGGGAUUCCCGCGAAGCUGAUCGAAGUCAUCCGCCAAUUCCACGAUGGAUUGCGGGCCCGGGUGCGAAUGGACGACGGAGAACUAUCGGACUGGUUCUUCGUGACACAGGGCGUGCGACAAGGAUGUGUGCUAUCCCCACUGCUGUCCAACAUCUUCUUCGCCGAGGUCCUCGAGGUCGUUGUCAUCCGAUUCAGCAAGGAUGAUGUUGUUCUGCGGAGCCUGGUGUGCUUGGAUGAGGAUACAUNCGCCCAGACAACCGAGUUCCGGUACAUCGGUGGCCUCGUCAACGAACAUGGCGACCUCACCCGGGAGAUCAACUACAGGAGCAGAGGAGCGUGGGCGUGCCUCAGGCGAUAUGGCCGGGCGCUCUUCGACAGACCGCAAGCGCCAUUCCGACUCAAGAUCCGCCUGCUCCAGGCGGAGGCGAUGGAGGCACUGCUGUACGGCUGCAUGACAUGGUCAUCACUCAGCGGCCACUAUCAGACGCUGCGGUCGAUACACCACCGACUGCUCCUUCGAGUUAUCGGGCCACAUUCAGCGAAGCCUCUGCAAGAGCUGUCUGGACUCGCCGUCCUCUGCUCACAACCAAGCUAGCUACUAUCCUGAGCUUGAACUAAAAGAAUAAGACCACAACAUCCACAAGGAGGCCUUUGUUCCGACGCUACAUCGGCUACUACAGCUGGUACGAGUAUCUUCACUACUCAUCGCACUCGGUACAGUCGUUCGAUUGCACAAAGAGAGGUCAGUGUGUGUGUAUCGUGCAUGAGCGAAUACCUUUCAGGAGCCAUAACCCCCUUUCUCGCGCUAGAAACCGUGCCGUGAACGGGAGCUGUACGUACUUACUGCUUCCACUUGAGACCUCUACCCUGCGUGCUAGCGACUCGUGACAUGGUGUGUUCGUGGUAGCGGCCUUAUAUAUCGCCUGAGCUGCGGUAGAACAUCUGAUUGGAUAUUUUUAAUUGCAGAACUGUCGAUCGUAGGUUGUCAUGCCGAGUGUUCUGCGAAUACUCUUUGUGGUAGUUCGGUAGAUUGUACACACGUAAGGAUCGUACAACGGACCGUAGGUGUAAGUCGGUACGUUGGUAUGUGGUACGUUGGACACUUGUCCAGUAGGAACGUUCUAGCAUUGUCGCUGGAGGUCGGGCUUACGGGUCAUUGUCGUGUUCGGUACAUUGCUUUGUGUUCCGAGUGUGCAUCUAUCCGGAGGAGACGUUGGGAGCUGGGAGCAUCACGCUCGCCCCCUGUCCUCACUCCACUUUCCGACCUGUCUCUCCAUACCUAGGUCUCACUAAUACAAUAUUCUUCUCCAGAAGCCACUGAUUUACCAACACGCUAUAGCGACAUCAGUCGACUGCUGUACGUCCCCCUGGACUGUGUUCGACGCGAGACUGUGAGGGCGGCUUGAUCAACCGACCUCAUCAUGGCUGAGGAGCGGAGUGACCCUGCGGCAAACCAUCAGGGUGACCCGCAGGGUGUUGGUGAGAGAAUGGGUUCCUUAGAGACGCAGAUGGCUAACUUACUGACGUUAGUUACGAACCAACAGCAGGUGCUUGCGUCGAUGGUUGAGACACAACAGAGGGAGGGAGUGGAGUCCUCUGGUUCGGGUGCUGCUCCGCGAGGCACCGGAGCAGAGUCUAGUGUGCAUCAAUCGGGUGCCACUGGUAGGACCGCGGGAAGUAUGGGAGGCGAUACCCUAGGCUUUGGCGUGUCCGGCAUGCGGGUUGGGAGUAGCAGUCUUGAAGACUCAGGCUUGAACCCCCAUGUAUCUGCUGCAAAUCGUUCCUCUGUUACUGCAGUAAACUUUGGUUCGGUUGGGAUUGGAAGUGGGACUUUCGGUAGUCAGUCUUUCAUUCCGGGAACUGGGAGUGGGGCUUUAGGUAGCCAGUCUUCCGUUCCACCCCCGCCUACUGCUGCAAGCGAAUGGUGGGGUAGUGUCGCCAGUGGAAACACACUGAUUCCUGGGGCUGACAUUUCUAAUUCAGGGGAGAAGUUGGGUGGGGGUCCUUUCAAAGUUCCCAAGGCUCCUGAAUUUAACGGUACUGAUGUAUCGUAUCCUUCGUGGUCGCAGAAUUUUCUGCUCAAAGCCCGUCACUACAAUCUGGUAGAACCGUUCAUCUCUGAGAUUGACAUUCCGAUUGCUGACGUUAACUUCGAUCUGACCCCUUGGAUAGAGAAGGGAUACAGUGUGGGUGUGCUGCGUCAGAAUGAGAUGGCUUGGUGGUUUCUGUUUGACUGCUUGAAGAAAGACAGCCUGAAAAACAUGGCUAGACAUGCUGGUUCCCCCUUCAAGGCAUUCCGUGCGCUCAAGGAUCACUUUCUACCGUUGAGCCAAAGCCAGAUUCGAGUGCAGGAAGAGAAACUGAAGUCACUGCGCAUGCGUUCCAACGAAAAUCCCGCAACCUUCUUUGCAUCCAUCAGAGAGACGCUUGGUGUGCUGCAGAUGCUUGAAGUAAAGAAGGAUGACAGAGAGGUGUGCAAUCUGAUGCUUGAGGGGCUGUCGCCCGAGUACAAGACUUUGCGUGAGACUCUUGUGGUGUUCUGUUCGAAUGACCCGUCGUUCAUCGAGACUAAAGUGCGUGAGCGUUACCUGGACUUGCUAGCACAGGGUGGUUCCAAGAAGCAGAGUAGUGUUGCUCUGGUGUCUAGGCCUGAGAGGAAGAAGGGUAGCAUCAAGAAACAGCACAACAAGCCGAAGUCUAACUCUGAGUCUGAUUCAUCCCAGAAGAAGUCAUUUCAGGGGAAGUGUUUCAAGUGUGGGGAGAAGGGUCACAUGAAGAUCGACUGCAAGGCUCGCAUCAUCCCUCAUCCCUCCCAGACUGGAAAAUCCGAGGCCGACGAGGGUGAGAGCGGUGAGAAAUUUGACUUUCGCGAUCUGAUGUGUCUAGUUGCUGACAUCCCAGAGUACCUCAAAUACGGCGAUGACGAUGACUUGUUUAUUGCCUACAGCGAACUAGUGAUCCUAACAGCGUUUGACCAGCUGAGCAGCAUGAUGUAUGAUGUUUCCGGUCUGAAGUGUCUAAUGACGUCGCGGGAUGAUUUGGUUAUGAGGGCUGUCAGCGAUGAUAUGAUCCUGAAAGCUGUCAACAAGUCUAGAUAUGUCGAGGAUUGGUAUGCUGACACCGGCACUGCUUUUCACAUGACUGAUUCCCUCUCUUGCAUGAAAGACUUGAAGCCUUGCCACAAAAGUGUGAAUGGGAUUGGUGGCGUGUCUUCUGAGGUAGCAUUCUCUGGAACGCUGGAGUUGGUGUUUGUGACCGCUGACAGUGAAUUUUCCGUGGAGUUGAAGAAUGUGUUGUACUCUCCAAACUUAGGGUAUAAUCUCUUUUCUCCGAGUGCAGAGUUUGAUGGCGAGUCAUGGAAUGGUCUUGGUGGUCCUGAUGGUGUGAUGACUGCUUUCAAUGGACAAGUAACCUUUCAGAACUUCGAUGGCAUGCUGAUUGCGUCUGCGUAUCGUCUAGGAGAAGCCUCUGUUGGCACGGUGUUGGCUGCUCUCACUCCCGCAAACCCCAAGCAUGAAACCACGAUGGAUAUCAACGAGUUCCACAACAUUUACGCUCAUUCGCACGAGGGUUUGCUUCGCACUACUGCAAAGCGACUAGGUACCAAGUUGGUUGGUGACAUGCAUGCUUGUUCAGGGUGUUCGAUGUCAAAGGCUAUUCGAAAAGGAAUCGUUAGAGAAACUAUACGUAGAUCGGAUAAAAAGUUGGGCAGAGUUAUUGUUGACCUGGGAGGAAGGAAGGACAUUGCGUCCGUAGGGGGUAAACAUUAUCCCAUGAUUGUGAAGGAUGAUUUCACGAGACGUACAUGGAUGUAUUUCCUGAGAAAUAAAUCAGACGCUGGCAGUGCAUUCCGGACUUUUCUUGCGAGUGUGCGUGCUAAUGGUGUCCCGUCAUUCGUUGAGAUUGUUAGAUCUGACAACGGAGGGGAGUUUUUCGGGGGGGAGUUUGCAUCUGUGUGCAAUGAGCUCUUGAUCAAACAAGAGUUCACACCGGCUUAUAGUCCGCAAUAUAAUGGUGUUGCAGAGCGUGGGCUGGGAUUGAUAGAAGAGGCCGCGAUGGCGGCUCGUAUUCAGGCUAAAGUUCUUUUUGGGCAUGUGCAGUUACCUAAGACUGAUAAACUCUGGGCUGAGGCUAUGCACUGGGCUUGCGAAGCGAUGAAUCACACCGCGUGUUCUGCUAACCCCGACUCUAUGUCGCCGUAUGAAAUGUGGUAUGGUGAACCUCGUCCCGCUAGACCGUAUCCGUUUUUGAAGCCAGCGUACUGCAAGUGGCAGCGACCGACAAAGCUGCUGCCGAAGGGUGAGAGUUACUUUUAUGUCGGUCCUUCGAGAGACCACCCGCGUGAUUGUCAUAGAGUACUUACGAGGGCUGGGACUAUACAGGAAACGAGGGAUGUGACGUGGGAGGUGUUGCAGUCACAGCUCCCUCCGCUGCAACCUUCUCUGCCAAUAGAGGUCGCAGAGGAGGGAGGGGAGGAUAGUGACGACAAUGUUGAAACCGAGGUAUGGCCGCUUGUAGGAAGAGGAGUUGCUCACACACUUUUGAAACGUGAUGCAGUGCCUUCUGGUGCGAGAGUCGAGGAGGUUGAGAGUGUUGGCGCAGGAAGUGUAGGCCCAUCAUUUUCUGUUCCAUCUUCCCCUGCUGAACCGUCGUCCCUCGCGAACAAUUCUUUUGAUAGUGUAGACUCUGUGUCUUCUCCAAUGCCUGUGAAUGACGGGGAAGGCCG